AUGAGAAACUCUUUCAACUUUUUAACUUUUUUUCUUGUUUGUUAUCCAAUCUUAACAGCGUCGACACCAUUCUGUAACGUUGUUGAUUAUGGAGCAAUCGGCAAUGGGCAAGCUGAUGAUACACAGGCGUUUGCGAAAGCAUGGGAAGCAACAUGCGCAUCAUUGUCUCCUACGACCAUGAAGGUUCCUUCAGGGAAGACAUUCUUGAUCCAACCGUUGCGCUUCAUAGGCCCUUGUAAAUCGAACUCUACCACCGUUAAGAUAGAUGGGAAUCUCGUGGCGCCUAAUAAUCCUUACUCGUGGAGAUGUGAUGGCAAUGUCUGUCACCAGUUGCUCUACUUUCACCAAGUCGAUGGCCUAACACUGAAAGGCCAAGGCAUCAUUGAUGGCCAAGGCCAACAAUGGUGGACGAAUACCAACCUGUACAGACCAACUAUUAUGGAGAUCUCGAACUCAAAUAAUGUUAGCAUAGAUGGUGGUCUGACGUUUAAGGACAGCCCUUCGAAGCAUAUCGUCCUCAAUGGAAUACAGUCGCUUUCUAUCUCUGGCCUCACCAUAGAAGCUCCCGGAGACAGUCCCAACACUGAUGGAAUGCUUCUUCAAUACUGUACAAAUGUUCAUAUAACAAGUAGCAGAAUUGGGACAGGAGAUGAUUGCAUUGCAAUAAUUAAUGGGACCUUGAAUGCAAGGAUUGACAACAUCGUUUGUGGUCCAGGACAUGGGAUAAGCAUCGGAAGCUUAGGCAACCAUGGAGCAGAAGCCAUAGUCGAAGAUAUUACAGUGAGCAACGUCCUUUUCAGAAACACAAGUGAUGUACGUACCCCAUCAACAAGCAACGGUGCAAGGAUCAAGACAUGGCAGGGCGGAAGAGGGUAUGUUAGAAACAUACAUUACGAGAAAUUAUGGUUCCACGACACGGUGUAUCCGAUCAUCAUAGACCAAUUCUACGGCGGCAACCAAUACAUAACUAGUAAUAAUGCGGUGGAGAUUAGCAACGUGAGCUUCAAUGUGAUAGUGGGAAUUUCAAGCGGAGCUGAUGCGGUGGUGUUGAAUUGCAGCAAGGCUGUGCCUUGCAGGGAUGUCGUGGUCCAGAACUUGCACGUUGUCACGGACGGGGCCAAGCCGGCUGCCUACAGCUGCGAGAACGUCUUCGGAAGAGCUCUAGGUCAUCUCGUUCCUAAACUUUCAUGUUUAUUGUAAUCGUUAGCUGGGCUUCGAUUUUAUUACUAGUAUUUUAUUGGAUAUACAAUUUCGAAUUUUUAAAAUUGUAACA